AUGUGGGCAGAAAUCCGACAAUUCUUUAUUUCUUUCCUUCUGCCUUUUUUUUUCUCAGUUUUUUCUUUCUUUUAUUUUUUUUAUUUUUCUUUCUUUCUUUCUUUCUUUCUUUCUUUCUUUCUUUCUUUCUUUCUUUCUUUCUUUCAUUUGUUCAUAUCUAUCUAUCUAUCUAUCUAUCUUUUUUUCAUAGUCUGCUCAUAUCUAUCUUUUUUUCAUAGUCUGCUCAUAUCUAUCUAUCUAUCUAUCUAUCUAUCUAUCUAUCUAUCUAUCUAUCUAUCUAUCUUUUAUUCAUCUGCUCAUAUCUAUCUAUCUAUCUAUCUAUCUAUCUAUCUAUCUAUCUAUCUAUCUAUCUAUCUAUCUUUUUUUAUAGUCUGCUCAUAUCUAUCUAUCUAUCUAUCUUUUUUUCAUACAGAAAUUGCUUGUAGAGGUGUUGUGAAGGAGAUAGGGCAUGAAUUGCGACCAGUUCAGCUCGGGGUAGGCAUACAGGGCGGAGGUGAAGCCGCGGUUCAUGCCACAAGAUCAUUUUUCGAGAAUACUUUACCUUUUUCUCCACGUAUCUUAUUAAAAUUGGAUAUGAAAACCGCUUUCAGUAAUAUCAGAAGAGAUCAUACCCUGGAAGUUUGCCAUAAACGGACUCCUUCCAUAUUUAAAAUGGCUCAUCUUUCAUAUAGUCAUCCAAAUAUGUUGAUCGCCUUCGAUAAUGUUAUCUCUUCUUUUACCGGAAUUCAGCAGGGUUAUCCACUUGAUCCGCUACUAUUUGCGAUAGCUGUCGACCAGGUAGCUCGUUUCAUCGCCUCUCCUUUUAACAUAUGGUAUCUUGACGAUGCAACGCUGGGAGGACACGCCGAGGCCGUAGCUACUGACCUCCGAGGAGUUAUUCCUGCUUGA